UUUUACACAUCUCUGUUUUCCGUUCUUCACCAAAGUUGAGCUUGAUUUUCAUCGUAAAACAAACAAGGAAACAUGCCGAAGAAAGGAGGAGCUUCGUUGCAAAAGGAGGCUCCAUGGAGGGUCUCAUCUGCAAAAUCCAUCCCCAAAAUCCACCGCUCCCCUCUUCUGCGUUUCCCUCAAACCCCUCAUUCCAACUACGCCCUCUUCGUCAUGAAGCACCCAGAUCCCAUCGGAAGUGGGUUAGCGACAGAAGCAAUCGUGGAAGCCGCAGGACCCGAAUGCAUUGUUCCUGGCCAGUUUAUGCCUAUUAGAUUGCUUGGGAUUAAGGUGUGGCCGAUUGAAGUUAACAUGAAAUUUCUGGAACCAGUUGGUAAAGAACUAAAGUUGCUUGGAAAGUUCAUGGAUGAUGCUGUCAACCUCAUGAAUAAAUCGUUCAUAGAUCGUUAACAGUUAAACCUUUCAAACUACUGAAAGAAGAGGAAGAAGCAAAUAGAGGUUGCAGAGUAUUUUGGAUUGUUGCAAUGAAGAGUUGCAUCAUGUGGACCUGCAGAGUGACUGUAAAUAGGAUGCUUAUACUGUUCUUUUUAUAUACCCAUUGUUAGGUCAGGGCAGACACGUUUUGGUUCCGUAUUAAUUACCUCUUGUUAAAAAAAAGUAGUUGAUGUGCA